AUGAAAGAGACGAAAGGUCAACCAUAUACCGGUUACUAUACUGGUAGAAAACCCGAAGGUCAACCUUAUUAUGGUUAUUAUUCAGGUUUUAAUAAAAGCGCAUCAGCUCAAAUUCAUCAUUUAGCUAAAACUAUAACGACUCAAGGUCAAUCAUAUUUUGAUGAAUCUAUUUUUACUAGACAAAAUACUCAAAUAAAUACACCUCAUGGAGUAAAUCCAAUUUUUGAUAAAACCGAUCCUACUUUAGAUCCAGAAUCACCUAAUUUCAGUUCAAAAAGAUGGGUUCAAAAUAUGUGGAGAUUAUAUCAAAGUGAUUCAGAAUAUUAUAAACCUGGUAAAUUAGGUGUUGCUUAUAAAAAUUUGAGAGUUUAUGGUGAUGCUAUAGAAAAUGAUUAUCAAACUACUGUUUCAAAUGGUAUUUUUAAAUCAAUAAAACAUUUCAUAAAUAAAUUUAAAAAGGAAUCUGAAGAUUAUACUUUUGAUAUUUUGAAACCAAUGGAAGGAUUAAUUAAACCAGGUGAAGUAACAGUUGUGCUAGGUAGACCAGGUGCAGGAUGUACAACUUUUUUAAAAACUAUAGCAUGUCAUACAGAAGGUUUCAAAGUAGCAGACGGAUCAAUAAUUUCAUAUGAUGGUAUAACACCAGAAGAAAUUAAAAAAAAUUUAAGAGGUGAAGUUGUAUACUGUGCAGAAACUGAAACUCAUUUUCCAAAUUUAACUGUUGGUCAAACCUUGGAAUUUACUGCAUUAAUGAAAACUCCUAGAAAUAGACCAUUGGGAGUUUCAAGAGAAGAUUAUGCUAAACAUAUCGUUGAUGUUGUUAUGGCAACUUAUGGUUUAUCACACACAAAAAAUACAAAAGUUGGUAAUGAUUUUGUUAGAGGAGUAUCAGGAGGUGAAAGAAAAAGAGUUUCAAUUGCUGAGGUUUCAUUGGUGCAGGCAUCAAUUCAAUGUUGGGACAAUUCAACUCGUGGUUUAGAUUCAGCAACAGCUUUAGAAUUUAUAAGUUCAUUAAAAACAUCAGCUUCUAUAUUAAAUGAUACUCCAUUAAUUGCUAUAUAUCAAUGUUCUCAAGAUGCUUAUGAUUUAUUCGAUAAAGUCAUAGUUAUGUAUGAAGGUUAUCAAAUUUUCUUUGGUUCAAGUCAAAGAGCCGCAAUAUAUUUUCAAAAAAUGGGAUUUGUUUGCGAAGAAAGACAAACAACACCAGAUUUUUUAACCUCUAUAACCAAUCCAGCAGAAAGAAUAGUUAAACCCGGUUUUGAAAAAAUUGUACCAAGAACUCCAAAAGAAUUUUAUAGAUAUUGGAGAAGAUCACCAGAAAGACAAGCAUUAUUAGAAGAAAUUGAUGAAUAUUUAGAUAAUUGUGAAAAUUAUGACCAAAAACAAGAAAUUUUUGACGCUAUGCUUGCUAAAAAAUCUAAGAAUGCUGAUAAAAAAUCUCCAUAUACUGUUUCUUUACCAAUGCAAGUACGUUAUAUAAUGAAGAGAAAUUGGGAUAGAAUGAGAGGUGAUCCUUCAGUACCUGUUUUGACUCUUGCUGGUAAUAUUGCUAUGAGUUUAAUUUUAGCUUCAGUUUUUUAUAAUUUAAAACCAAAUACUGGUUCGUUUUAUUAUCGUACAGCUGUUAUGUAUUAUUCAUUAUUAUUUAAUGCUUAUAGUUCAGUAUUGGAAAUUUAUACAAUUUAUGAAGGUAGACCAAUUGUUCAAAAACAUAAAGAAUAUGCAUUAUAUCCACCAAUGGCUGAUGCAAUUGGAUCAAUAUUUGGUGAUUUACCUUUAAAAUUAAUAACUAGUAUUUUAUUCAAUUUAAUUUUAUAUUUCAUGGUCAAUUUUAAAAGAGAGCCUGGUGCUUUCUUUUUUUAUUUAUUAAUUAAUUUUUUAUCAACAUUAAUGAUGUCACAUUUAUUUAGGACAAUUGGUGCUUAUACAAGAACUUUAGCUGAAGCAAUGACUCCUUCAUCAAUUUUACUUUUUGCUAUGAGUACUUUCACUGGUUUUGCAAUUCCAAUUACAUAUAUGCUUGGAUGGUGUAAAUGGAUUCAUUGGAUAAAUCCAUUAGCAUAUGCCUAUGAAGCUUUAAUUUCAAAUGAAUUUCAUGGUAGAACUUUUGAAUGUUCUUCAUUUGUUCCAUCAGGUUUUGGUUAUCCAACCUCGGGUAAUUCGGUUGUCUGUGCGUCCAUAGCGGCUAUACCUGGAAGUUAUUUUGUUGAUGGUGAUCUUUAUAUUCAAACAGCUUUUAGCUAUUAUUGGAGACAUGCAUGGAGAGAUUUUGGUAUAUUAUUGGCAUUUGUUGUAUUUUUAUUUUUAACUACAAUUAUCUGUGUUGAAUAUUCAAGAGCAAGCAGAUCAAAGGGAGAAAUUUUAGUAUAUCGUAAAAAGCAUAUAAAAAAAUUGAGAUCAGAAAUUGAAGAUGAAGAAGCAUAUAUGGAAAAUCAAAAAAUGCAUGCACUUGAAUUUAGUGGUUCAACUGAAUUUUCAGAUUACUCCUAUGAUUAUGUUGAUCGUAAAAUUUUGGAAACUUCAAAUGUUUUCCAUUGGAAAAAUUUAACAUACACUUUAAAAGUAAAAGGGCAAGAAAGAACUAUUUUGAAUGACAUUGAUGGUUGGGUCAAACCUGGUGAAGUUACUGCUUUAAUGGGUGCUUCUGGUGCUGGUAAAACUACAUUAUUAAAUGCAUUAAGUGAAAGAUUAACCGUUGGUGUUAUUACUAAUGGUUCAAGAAUGGUCAAUGGCUGUCAAUUAGAUAAUGCAUUCCAAAGAUCAAUUGGUUAUGUCCAACAACAAGAUUUACAUUUAGAAACUUCAACAGUAAGAGAAGCUUUAAGAUUUAGUGCAUAUUUAAGACAACCAAAUGAAGUUCCAAGAGCAGAAAAAGAUAUAUAUGUUGAAAAAAUUAUUGAAUUAAUGGAAAUGGAACAAUAUGCAGAAGCAGUUGUUGGAGUUCCAGGUGAAGGAUUAAAUGUCGAGCAAAGGAAAAGAUUAACAAUUGCAGUUGAAUUAGUUGCAAGACCAAAAUUAUUAUUAUUUUUAGAUGAACCAACUUCCGGUUUGGAUUCUCAAACUGCAUGGUCAAUUUGUAAAUUGAUCAGAAAACUAGCAAAUCAUGGUCAAGCAAUAUUAUGUACAAUUCAUCAACCUUCAUCCAUAUUGUUAGAAGAAUUUGAUAGAUUAUUAUUUUUAAGAGCAGGUGGAGAAACUGUCUAUUUUGGAGAAUUUGGAUAUAAUUGUAAAACUUUAAUCAAUUAUUUUGAAAGAAAUGGUGCACCAAAAUGUCCACCAAAUGCAAAUCCUGCUGAAUGGAUGUUACAUGUUAUUGGAGCAGCACCUGGUUCACAAGCAAAUCAAGAUUAUUUUGAAGUUUGGAGAAAUUCAAAAGAAUAUAAAUUAGUUCAAGAAGAAUUACAUAGAUUGGAAUAUGAUCAUCAAGGUGAAAAAACUGUUUAUGAUGAUGAACCAGAUUCAAAACAUUCUUAUGCAUCACCAAUUUGGACACAAUAUUAUUAUGUUUUAAAAAGAUUAUUUCAACAAUAUUGGAGAACUCCAUCAUAUAUUUAUUCAAAAUUUGCAAUGGCUAUAUUGUGUUCAUUAUUUAAUGGUUUUACAUUUUAUAAAUCAAAGAAUACAAUGCAAGGUUUACAAAAUCAAAUGUUAUCAAUUUUUAUGUUAUUUGUUAUUAUAACAACAAUAGCUCAACAAUAUGUUCCAAUGUUUGUUUCUCAAAGAGAUUUAUAUGAAGCCAAAGAAAGACCAGCUAAAACAUUCUCAUGGCUUGCAUUUAUAUUAGCUCAAAUUACAGCUGAAAUUCCUUAUCAAAUUGUUGCAGCUGCGUUAUCCUUUUUUUCAUGGUACUAUCCAGUUGGAAUGUAUAGAAAUGCAGGACAUGAUUUACAUGCAAGAGGAGCAUUAAUGUGGUUAAGUAUGACAUUAUUAUUUAUUUAUAGUUCAACAUUGGCACAAAUGUGUAUAUCUUUUAAUCAAUUAGCAGAUAAUGCAGCAAAUGGUAUAUCAGUUUUAAUUACAAUAUGUAUGACAUUUUGUGGUGUUAUUGCAACAAAGGAUUUUAUGCCAAGAUUUUGGAUUUUCCUUUAUAGGUUUAAUCCAUUUACUUAUUUAGUAAGUUCAAUGUUAUCAAUUGGAAUUGGAAAUUCAAGAGUUAGAUGCUCAGAAAAAGAAUUGAUACAUUUCCCACCACAAAAUCCAGGUAUACAAAAAUGUAAAGAUUAUAUGGGAGCAUAUAUUUCAAUAGCUGGUGGAUACUUAACUAAUCCUGAAGCAACAGAUAAUUGUACAUUUUGUAGAAUGGAUACAACUAAUCAAUUUCUAAGUUCAUUAAGUAUAUCAAUACAUAAUUAUGGUAGAGAUACUGGUGUUUUCAUUGCUUUUAUUGUUUUUAAUAUGAUUAUGACAGCUUUCUUAUAUUGGUUAUUUAGAGUUCCAAAAGGUUCUAGAGCUAAAAAUAAUAAUUGGUUUGCAAGAUUAACAUUUCAUAAUGGUUACAACGAUCAAGCUUAA